AUGGUCUUGGAACCAGGAGGCGGUCUGUCCUAUCCACUGCCUCCUGGUAGCGGUUCCACUGGUUCCGGUGGUUCUCUCCUGACGCCGGCCAGGCUGUUCCAGAGGGCGCCACCUGUGUUUCCGUUUCAUCUAACAGGAUGGCCACCGCAUCAUCCUGUCCUCGGACAGGACCAAAGUCAGGUUCAGCAGACUAUGCAGGCUCAGCAUCAGGUGGUCGCAGCCACUGUCAGGUUACUCAGUCAUUAUCAUCCUCAUCAUCCACAUCCGGCACUGGGGAACCACCCCCUGGUGCCAGCGAUAACUAACCACCAUCCGGCCGCCCAUCAUCUUCAUCAUGGUGUCGAUCAUGCCGAUGAGGAUGACGAGAGGAAAGGUUGCGACGGGGAAUCCGACGAAGGUGGAAGCAAGAGGCGAAGGAGCAGGACCAACUUUAAUAGUUGGCAAUUGGAGGAAUUGGAACGGGCAUUUCUCACGAAUCAUUAUCCCGACGUCUUUAUGCGAGAUUCUCUGGCUGUGAGACUCGAGCUGAAAGAGAGCCGCGUCGCCGUGUGGUUUCAGAACCGAAGGGCGAAGUGGAGGAAAAAGGAGCACACGAAGAAGGGUCCGGGCAGGCCGGCGCACAACGCUCAUCCGCAGAGCUGCAGCGGAGAACCAAUUCCACCGGAAGAACUAAGAAGAAAGGAGCGAGAAAGGCGGCAGAAGAAACUGCUGAAAGCUCUUGAGCGACAGCAGAGGAAAUUAGCCGCAAAGGGCAUCACCGUCGAUCUGUCGACGCUUCGAGCCGAGUGGGAGUCGCGAAGCGCCGCAGCGUCCGGCGGAAGCGCCUUGAACGGCACCCUGGGAGGUUCCUUCAGCCAUUUGAGCAACAACAACGAGAGCAGCAGCGUUUCAGGGUCCGGGAACGACGCCAACGAGGAGAUCGACGUCGUGGGCGGGCUAGACUCCUGCAGCGAGAGCGGCAGCGAAAGGGUGGACUCGGCCGCGGACGGUUCCAUAGACGGGGAAUGCUACCCCAGGCUAGCCAACAACUCCAGCGAGCAAAACGAUCCGCGAAGAAGCGCGAACCAGGUCGCCGGGAACCUCCAGAAUCCUAACUCGAGCCUGAGUCUGGAUCACCUGAACCACCAGCAAGGGAUCCAUCACUACAGCCUGAGUCUUCUGGAGAUCAGAAAGGAGCUGGUGAACAUGAACAACGCGGGUGGAACGCAUCAGACAACGAACAACGGUAGCAGCUUCGAGAGAACGUCGGUCAGGCAACAGAUCAGCGAGGAGGAGGUUCAGAGCAGUAGCAUAGAUCUGUCCGUGAAGGGCAGGGAGGAGAGAAAGAGACUAAACCCAUUCUCCAUCGACAGUCUGUUGGGCAAUAACAGAACCAGCACACCGGGCAUCCACAACGAAUGCAGAGCCUCGGCGCCCACGUUGACGAACGGAAGGGAGUCCAGCAGCCCCACGUCGCCGAUCUCUGUGCCCACUUCGCCCUCCACGACGUAGUAAUCCAAGGGAUCGUUUUCUACGACGAAGCCUGACGAUGGACGACAACGAAGUGAUUGGCCAGUCACGAACACUAUCGAGAACAACGAGACGGUCGUCGAGGACGAGGAGACACUUUAGAGUAGCGUAGUAUUGCGGUUUCGAUUGGGGGAACGAGAGUCUCUUUUGAUAGUUUGCCCCGACAGACUUGGUGAAUCCGGGAUUCUUGAUUUUUCACGAGGGGGCUCCGAUUUAAGGGCAAA